GUGCGAGUCUCGCUACCAACCCAACUCGCGAGAUCGGAGCAUGCCAACCAAGUAACUAGGGACGCUAGUGCCCGGAUGCAGUCGGUUAGCGAGGACACUUCUGUUCGAAAGGCGAAAGUUUCAGACAGUGAAAAUGACAUCUCUUGAAAUUCGACCAGCUCGCGAUCACAGCCGAAGAGAACCACCAGAAUGGGGUACAGGGAAAGCUAAAGAGCAUGUAGAUCCGUGGAUACCUCGGACUCCAACUUGGCAUUAUUCAGGCCAGCCAAGAGAGCAGUUCUACACCCUGACCCAGCUGAAACGGAGCAACUUGAGGAAAGAUGAUCAGCUCAUUCCUCGCCCACAAGACUCUGAAAUGGGGAAGGAACUCAUCAAUCUUCCCUUCCCCGCGGAACACCCCUACACGUCCCACAUGCCGCAGUUUGCUGUGUUCCCCAAAUUUGACUCACCGGAAGAUCCAAAAAGGGGCGUGGCUGCUAGGAGUCAACAGCCGAUCAACCCCGAGAUGCCGGCUUCCGCGUUUGACGUCACGAUCAAACAUAAAACGAAAGGUUAUAGGGACCGGCACGAGGUACAGGCGUUGCCCAAAGAGUCAGAGAAGCAGGCUCUUUACUGGCGCGGGGAGGAUUUCUUUGAUCAGCUGGUGAAGACCCAUGGGAACCGACAGCCAUUUUACCCGACCCCUCCAAAAGUCAUUGCACCGAACCUACAGGAUCGACCAAUGGAGAUGAAGGUUUCAGACCGCACGGCAAACACACUGAGAAAUGUCGAACGAUCUCAUUGGACAACUAGUCACAGUCUAGAUUAUACAGGAUUAGGGCCAAGCAAUACCCAGAAACUGGACAAUCUUGACGAAAAGCGAGUCCGUUUCCUAGACACUGGCAUCGAAGACGAUAAAUUGUAUCCAAGAUCCAGCAAUACCUUUGAUCCACCGCGGCCAAUGGAAGGGCGUAUAGCUCGCAUGUUGACUCCAAAACCAGCCAAUCAGAAGAUGAUAGAAAGUGGAACACCGGUCAAUCCCAACUAUCAAAGAAAGAUGACUUUGACCGAGAAGGAAGAACAUCGUCUGUUGAAUGGCCAGGGUUAUACAAACCUGCCUGACAGUAACAGUCUUCAAAGUGACACUCUUUGGAAAGAGAUGGACAUGAGCUUCAAACCUGAACCAGCCAUUAAGAAACUGGAGGACCUCAAGGCGACCCAAGAGGGCCAAGACGCGCCUUACCCCCCGACAGGUGCCCCUCCGGAUCCCGAGGACAGUUACUUGAAAAAGACAAAGGAUGAUCGUGAUUAUGAAAUACAACAGAUGGAGACUGAGAACAGAUGGAACCUUCUGGAGUUGCAGAAACCCAAUCACGACAUCACCCUCUUGAACGUGAAGUAUCAGCACGCUACGGACAAGGAGAAACCUCAGACGUUUUAUGGCCACGAAGGAAAAUACAACGAAGAGAGAGCUGGGUUGUACAAGACAAGCUACAAUCCUCAGAGGCUGGCAUAUUCUAUGAAUAAUCUUUCAGAGUCCGGCCCAGAGAUCAUGAAUACGCUGCACUCUCACGUCGGGGCUGAGAAACUGCCCACGAGAUUAAGUCACGACAACGAUGAAGCUUUGAGGGGAAGCAGGACUCUAUGUUCAGCCCAGGCCAAUCUCAGUGGGGACAGAAGGAACACCGAGGGAGUUCUUCAGCCGUACCAGUUCAGGAAAGAAAACCAGAAACAGACGCUCCAGCCUAAUGAAUUGACAGCGAGGCCUCUGGUACAAGAAGGAGAAUUUCUUCUGAAAGAAAGCACCAUGGGGGACAGCUACAAUGUCCACAAGUUACUUCAGGAGAAUGAGUUGCCAAGGAACGCUAGGAACCAUCCUCAACAAGUUAUGUCCGACGAAAACCAGAGAAUAAGCAAUGUGAGAAGUAGGUCCGGUAACAGGACUUCCAAGAGCGUACAGUUCUCGGACAACGUUACUAUAAGAACAGUCGUUCCUGACCAGCCGAUAAGGUCGGGUACCGCACCUGCAGGCAUCACACGUGCUGCCGGAAGGAGUCAGAUGCUGGACAGCGACGUGACGAACACCACGCAGUAUGUCAGUCGCCAAGCACUAUACAGUAAGGAGAACGAGAACCCUAUGGAACCGUCCAAGACUCCGAGACACAAGGUCACGUUCCGAGCCGAAUUUGAUCCCUUGAAAGAAUUGACGACAUCAAAACAAGACAUUUCUACUCCAGACAGAACCUUUAAGAGGAGGCCUAAUGCUUUGUCCGAGUACAAAGAUGAAUUUGGAAGUCUCUCCACGAAUUUUAUGCCAUCAAAUUUGAAAAAUACCAUAGCUUAUAGAACGUCAUACGAUAGUCAGUUCCCGAAGUUCAACCUGGACUUCAAGGACGAUUCCAGAUUUGGCUGGGAGCCGGGGUGUGGGGUGCCACGUCCACAAACAUCUCUUCUUCAUAUUCAGAACCGCUUCAACAGGUCUGCUGUCAGGCGCAGCUUCCACGGAGAUUUUAGAGAAGAAGCUCCGGAUCUGAGGACAAACAUUUCCCGUGGGAAGAAGCAUGAUUUCAGUGGCUUCAAUACUCAGGUUCUUCAUGGCUGAUUGACGUGUGGUUGUGAUUCCUGCAGACUCUGUAAAGACGUUCCCACUGUUCAUCAGAGGCAGUAUCUGGGCCAGCGUGUAUUAUUUCAUGACGACGAAAAUACGUUGAUUUCCAGGGAUAUGUAAAUAUUCACAACUUUUUUGAAUAUCACAUCCAUCGGCAUAGAAUCUCUAACAUGAAUCAAGAAGUAUCAAGUUUUAUGUUUUAUGGUUUGGGGAAGGGGAAAACCUUUCAACAUGGUCACAGUUGUGAUACUUUCUCAAACUUCACCCUUGAGGUUCAUCAAGGGGUGCACACAGAUCUGCAUCUUCUGAGUCCUUCCUUGGUUUGCCCCGAUAGUGUUUCAUACCCGGUACAUGUCGGAGACUUGCAUCACUUCGGGCUUUCCAUCCACGUUAAGCAGACCAUCGCCAUUACUGGAAUACUUUUCAAAGCGGCGUUCACCCAACUCACUCUUGCAAUUGUCACAGUAUUUCACAUUGUGCCUUCAGUAUUAUUGAGUUAAUUAGUUUUCUUAGGACACAGUUUUGCAGCUGUUAUGUUUGUGAGCUUUCCAUUGUUUUCACUUACCACGUCAUGACUAUUUUCGAUAUAAGUGAGAAACUUCUGUGGAAAGGUCAACAACAGAAUAAAACAACAACAAUGGUUUCAAAUGUGCGUCCACUGUAAAUCAGUUAUUUGAUCAUCAGUGAAUCAAAAUAUCGAAUGCAUUUACUCAACGAUUCUUGACUAAAAGGAUCAUUAGCAGUAUUAUUUGAUGACAAAAAGCAUUUGAUUUUGCCAUAUUUGACUUGUAAUCAAACCUUGUUGAUAAUAUUGUAAGAUCGUUUCAUUAUUACUCCCUGCUGUCUCUCUCCGUUACUGUCCCAUUGCGUUUACUUUGUUCAUCAAUAAUGAUGUUCACGAAACUGAUACACUAAUGUGUCGAUAAAAACAAUUUCAUUGCUUUUGAAAACGUACCGACAUUCAUAAACCCAUGCUUAUGUAGCGCAUGCUCAGAGUCUUACGAUAGACUCAACUUCAACGGGAGCCUUUGUAAUAUAUGUAGUUUUUGUCGCUUAUUUUUAUUUACAGAUGCACAUAGUUUUCUAUUUGUGGUAACUAAUGCAAAUAUGCCUUCCUGAAAGUAACCAGUUAAGAGAUUAUCGUUACCAAGGGGCAUGUUAGCACAAGGAAAAUCUAUUGGGUGUAAUAGUGUUUGCUUUUAGACCAUUCAUGUUGCUGCAAAAAAGCGUUCAUUUUCGGUUAAAGAUUCUUUUAAAGCUCGGAUUCUUUAAUGCCAAUUGCUUGUUGUAUAGGCUAUUAUGGAUGUGUAUCAUUGUGUACUAUUCCCACGAAUGAUGUGUUGUUUGCAAUGUUGUUAUUUUCCUAUUUAUUGUGAUGCAUGACAAUUGUACCACGCCAGUAUUAUAUACCAGCAAUCGCGCUAUAGUGAGGUGAUGUAAAAGGUGUGUCAACUCCAGUGUGUAUGAAAACAAUAUACGAGUUCAAAACUGCCUUUGUGAUUGAAAUUGUUCCAUCUAUGAUCUGUAAAUUUCGAAAUAAAAAUCUUUCUUUGAUUGUCA